AUGUCAAAAGUACCAAGAAGUUUUAGGUUAUUAGAGGAACUGGAAAAGGGAGAGAAAGGUAUGGGACCAGAAUCGUGCAGUUAUGGUCUAGCUGAUAGUGAUGAUAUCUCUAUGACUAACUGGAACGGGACGAUAUUGGGUCCGCCACACAGCAACCAUUCCAACAGAAUAUAUUCGUUGUCCAUUGAAUGUGGUCCAAGUUAUCCUGACGAACCUCCAACCUUGAAAUUCAUCUCAAAAAUUAACUUAAACUGUGUGGAUAGUGCUACAGGUGUAGUUAAACCAGAUUUCAAUCCAAUCAAGAACUGGAAAAGAUCAUACACAAUGGAAACUAUACUAUUGGAAUUGAGAAAAGAGAUGGCUCACCCAAGUAACAAAAUGUUGCCACAACCAAAGGAAGGAGAAACAUAUUAA